GGGUGUAGCCUGAGCUGGAGCCGGAGCCGGCCGAGGGGCGCGGACGCCAGGCUCCUGGCUCCAGGGCGGGGUCCUGGCGUUGAGCUCGGCCGGCCCGGAGCGCGGACCCAGCCGCAGGGGUAGCGAUGAGCACCGAGGGACCCCCGCCCCCGGCCGCCCCCCGCGGACGUCCGGGCUGCCUGCUGGUGCCUGCGCGGACGAAAACCGCUGUUGCUCUGUUGUACGAUGAAGAGUCCGAAAAUGCCUAUGACGUCCGGCUGAAGCUGACGAAAGAGGUGCUGACAAUUCAGAAGCAAGACGUCGUCUGUGUGGGCGGAAGCCACCAGGGCAGGAAUCACAGAACUGUUACACUUCGCAGACAGGCAGUUAGCGGCUUGGGCCUGAGUAUAAAGGGAGGUUCUGAGCACAACGUCCCCGUCGUCAUAUCAAAAAUAUUCAAAGACCAAGCAGCGGACCAGACAGGGAUGUUGUUCGUAGGCGAUGCUGUUCUCCAGGUUAAUGGCAUAAAUGUAGAAAAUGCAACUCAUGAAGAAGUGGUGCAUCUUCUGAGAAAUGCUGGCAAUGAAGUUACCAUCACCGUUGAGUAUCUCAGGGAAGCGCCGGCGUUUCUGAAGCUCCCGUUAGGGUCCCCAGGGCCAUCCAGCGACCACAGCAGUGGGGCCUCCUCUCCCCUCUUUGACAGCGGUUUGCAUCUGAACGGAAACUCCAGUAACACAGCUCCAUCGUCACCUUCCUCGCCCAUAGCUAAGGACCCGAGGUAUGAGAAGCGCUGGCUGGACACCUUGUCCGUGCCUCUGUCCAUGGCUCGCAUCUCAAGGUACAAAGCCGGAGCGGAAAAAUUAAGGUGGAACGCGUUCGAGGUGCUCGCCCUGGACGGAGUCAGCUCUGGGGUCCUCCGGUUUUACACCGCCCAGGAUGGCGCCGACUGGCUGCGGGCGGUCUCAGCCAACAUCAGGGAGCUGACCCUUCAGAACAUGAAGAUGGCGAACAAAUGCUGUUCUCCUUCCGACCAGGUGGUGCAUAUGGGGUGGGUAAAUGAGAAACUCCAAGGAGCUGACUCCUCUCAAACCUUCAGACCCAAGUUCCUAGCGCUGAAGGGCCCGUCCUUCUACGUUUUCAGCACUCCUCCGGUGAGCACAUUCGACUGGGUGCGAGCAGAAAGGACCUACCACCUCUGUGAGGUGCUGUUUAAAGUUCACAAGAUUUUUACUGUGAGGACCAGAGCCUCUCAUUGCUGCAGCAGUCAUGCGCCGCCACCGGGAAGAGCCAUGUUUCUCAACGUGGAGCUUCGGCAGCGAGCUGGCCGUGUGGGAGAAGUCCUUCAAAGAGCCACGUUCAUGGAAGUUCAGAGAACCGGGUCCAGAACAUACAUGUGCAGCUGGCAAGGAGAGAUGCUGUGUUUCACGGUGGAUUUCGCGAUGGGAUUUACCUGUUUUGAGAGUAAGACAAAGAAUGUGCUCUGGAGAUUUAAAUUCUCUCAGCUUAAGGGAUCUUCAGAUGAUGGGAAAACUCGAGUAAAGCUGCUGUUUCAGAAUCUGGACACCAAACAGAUUGAGACGAAGGAACUCGAGUUCCAGGACCUGACGGCUGUCCUGCACUGCAUCCACUCCUUCAUAGCAGCCAAGGUGGCCUCCGUGGACCCCGGCUUCAUGGACAGUCAGAGUCUGGCCACCAAAUACAUGUACAGCAGCUAAGGGUUGUUUCUGUUGAGUGCUGAAAAAUUAAAUUAUUUUCGUAAGAAAUGAUUCUUUCCUGCAUAAUAUUGCAACUUUGUGUUGUUUUAUAAUGAGCCUAUAGUUGUGAUACCAAUAAAACAUGUCACUAGUUUCCAAAGAUGGGUCCUCCUUGUUAAAUCUGACAUGGGGGAUGCCUGGUCCCCUCUUCCCACGAGUCUCCCCUCAACGAGGAGCCCCAGCAUCCCCCACACAAGUCUGUGGCUCAAACUCCAGUCCACCUGAUGCGGUUCACGCCCCUAGCCCGCAUCCCAGCAGCAUGAGAACCGUGUGGGCAUGGCACACGCCACUUCCCAAGUUGGCAAAACCCAGAUUUAUUUUCAUAAAAUAUGUCGUCACAAA